AUGAGUUUGCUGGACGAUUUAAUUUUUGCAUCCGAUCAAUUGGUUGAAUUUUAUGCGGCCUUUAAGGCAAAACCAGCCACAGCUCAUUCGGUUUCGUUGCUCGAAGCAUUUCAAAGCGAAUUAAAAGGUUUAUGGCAAGACGCUAAGUUUGCCUAUGCGCGAUGCAUACGAGGAGACGAAGAUCUAAAAGAUUCACUAUGCGAAGUUAAAGCAAAAUAUCAAAGUUCCUCUUCAACGUUCUUUCAAUGUUCAAGUGACAUUGCGGAUUUAUUAAAAGCACUUAAUGCAAAUCUUAAGGUUUCUAUCGAUCCAGGUGUACAAAGUGCUCUUCCAAACAGUGAACAUUCCCACAACAUAAAAGUCCCUGCUUGCGAUACGCAAGAUUUUCAUGGCAAUUAUUUAGAAUGGCCUUCUUUUAGGGAUAUGUUCACUGCUGUUUAUAUAAACCAUUCAAAGCUUAGCGAUGUACAAAAACUUUUUCAUCUACGGUCUAAAACAAAGGACGCAGCUUUUAAUAUCGUAAAUAAAUUCGGUUUAACCGACAAUAAUUUUCACUUGGCGUGGAAUGCUCUAAAGGAGCACUAUGAGAACAAACGAAUUUUAGUUAACAAUCAAAUACAGAUUCUUUUAAAUCUAAAACCCAUUUCUUUCGAAUCCGCAAAGGAUAUUAAAAAUUUGCAAAGUAGUAUCAACGAUGCUUUGAUCGCACUAAAGUCGUACGAUAUCCAAACCGAUGCGUGGAAUGCAAUCAUUACUUUUCUUUGUGCAUCUCGACUCCCAGAUACGACACUUAGUCUAUGGGAAACAUCUUUAAGCAAACCAACCGAAAUUCCUUCAUGGGAAACCAUGAACACUUUUUUAACAAAUCGGUAUCGUAUUCUUGAGAGUGUUUCUGAGAUGAAACUUAACUCUCAUAACAAAACACAAAGUAUCAAACCGGUAACGUCACAAGUUACUAAAUCAAAACCACUAAGAAACUUUCAUAUGAAAGUCGUUCCUGCAUGUCAAGUAUGCAGUGAACAACAUCCACUUCGCACCUGUCCAAUUUUUUUGAAAAUGUCUGUUGAUGACAGGCAUCAAACAGUGCGCAAACAUAAAUUUUGUUUUAACUGUCUAGCAAUAAAUCACAAUCUUAAUCAAUGUAAAAGCACUAGCACCUGCCAACGAUGUAAAGGCAGACAUCAUACGUUACUUCAUUUUGAAAAAAAGGUUCCAUCCUAUAAUGGUAACUCACAAAAAAGUUCGACUUCUUCAUCUUCACUUCACGGUUCUUCUUCACUUCACAAUUCUUCUUCACUUCACGGUUCUUCUUCACUUCAUGGUUCAUCUUCACUUCCUAAUUCAUCUUCACUUCCUAGCUCAGCUUUAUAUUCUAAUUCACCUUCAUCUACGGGCAUUCCGCCACCACAAAAUAACAACUCAACUAUACAGUCCACUCAGAUCACCAAUCAUAACGUCAUGUUUACUAAGUCUUAUCGCCAAGUUUUAUUGGCAACAGCUUUAGUGAAGAUUAAACAUCAAGGUUCAGAAUUUGAUCUUAGAGCUCUAAUUGACCAAGGCUCUGAAGUUUCAUUCUUGUCAGAAAAAUUCCAAAAGCUCAUAGGUCUUCCCACUGAAAGUACUCAAGCCAAUAUAUGUGGUAUGGGUUCAACUGUUACUGCUUCCGCUUCAAAACUUUGCAAUUUUACUCUCAAGUCUAACUUGAAUAACUUUGAAAUAGAGACUAGAGCGUUAGUUUUGAAAAAACUCACUAGUAAUCUUCCAACAGUAUCAAUGGAUCUUGAUCAAACACACUGUAAUUUUAACUUUCCGUUGGCAGAUCCUUUCUUUUACCAGAGUUCAAGUAUUGAUAUGCUCAUCGGAGCAGAUCUUUAUCCAGAUAUAGUUUUGGAAGGGGUGAAGAAAAAUGUUUUAAAUUCUUUAUUAGCACAAAACACAGUUUUUGGAUGGGUUUUACUCGGUCCUUAUGACGAUAUUCCCACCAUUUCAAAUUGUUCAACUUUUGUCUCGUAUAGUGACGAGCCUCCACCAAGUCACUGUAUUGAAAGAUUUUGGAAAAUCGAGGAAUUACCUCAAAUUUACCUACUUUCUCCAUCCGACCAAUAUUGUGAAGAUUUAUAUCGAAGUACAACUUUUCGAGAUGCAACUGGAAGAUAUAUUGUUAAAUUACCCUUUAAGAAUCCUACGGAGGAACCGCAGUUGGGCACUUCACGUUUCAAUGCAAUGAAACAAUAUCUUCGAAACGAAAAAAGUUUAAUGUCUAAGCCCACUGUUAAAACAGAAUACGAUAGAGUCCUUUCUGAGUAUAUUGAAUUAGGUCAUAUGUCAUCCACGCCACCUUACGAGUUGUGGAACGAUGGUUGUGUUCAAUCUUUUUAUAUGCCACACCAUGCUGUUUUAAAGCCCCAAAGGACCACUACAAAACUGAGGGUCGUUUUUAACGCAUCUUGCUCAUCCUCCAAUGGCAACAGCCUAAACGAUCUUUUGUAUCCAGGCCCCGUUCUUCAAAGUGACAUUACGUUGCUCCUUCUUAACUGGCGUUUCUAUAGAUACGUUUUCAACGGUGAUAUUGAGAAAAUGUACCGCCAAAUUGGUAUUCAUCCUGACCAUGCACAAUAUCAACGCAUUUUAUUCCGUCCCAAUGGGGAUCAAAAGGUCGUCGAUUACAAUUUAAACACUGUCACCUUCGGAGUAAAUUGCGCUCCAUAUCUCGCAAUACGCACUCUUCAUCAAUUAUCAUCCGAUGUUGAAGCCAGUUUUCCUUUGGCUUCCAAAAUUCUUAAAAAGGAGUUUUACGUGGACGAUGUCCUUUCUGGUGCUCACGAUAUUUUAUCAGCACGUAAAGCACAAACGGAACUUAUAACGGCUCUGCGAUCCGCUGGAUUUAAUCUAAGAAAGUGGGCAGCUAACGAUUCUGAAUUAUUAAAUCAUAUUCCCAGGGAAGAUCUUUUAAACAAAGAUUUCUUAACUAUCGAAGAUGACAGUUCAACAAAAACACUUGGUGUUCAAUGGAACGCCUCCACUGACACUUUUUCUUUUUCAACCAACCCACAAAGUUUAUCCGUGGUUUCUACCACCAAACGCGAUGUAUUAUCGGCCAUCUCAAGAUUGUAUGAUCCUGCAGGCUGGCUUGCACCCGUUGUUGUAACUGCGAAGAUAAUUAUGCAACAAAUUUGGAAAGAUGGAACUGAGUGGAAGCAAAAUCUUAGGCCUCUUACCCAUCAAAAAUGGAAAUCUUUUAUAUCCGAUUUCUCGGAAAUAGAAAAAAUCACUAUUCCUCGUUGGGUGGAUUUUUCCCCUUGGAAAAAAAUGCAACUUCACGGUUUCUCGGAUGCCUCCGAAAAGGCUUAUGCGGCCACUGUUUAUGUUCGGGUCCGUCAUGAUUCUUCGUUAGUUACAUCUCAUUUAUUAUGGGCCAAAUCUAAAGUGGCGCCUGUUAACACACUUUCACUUCCACGCCUUGAACUCCAAGGUGCAUAUCUUCUGUCACGUAUGAUUCGAAUAUUACUCAAUCAAUUUGAUUUUUUAAACAAUAUCCCUAUUCAUCUGUGGACUGAUUCCACAAUUGUUCUUGCGUGGCUUAGCAAACCACCAAGUACUUGGAAAACGUUUGUUGCUAAUCGAACUUCAGAAAUUAUAACUAACGUUCCUGAUGUACAAUGGAGUCAUGUUCCCUCUGCUUAUAAUCCCGCUGAUUUGGCGAGUCGUGGUAUCUCCCCUGGAGAACUUAAAUCAAAUCAAUUAUGGUGGACCGGACCUAAUUGGUUACAAGAACCAAAAUUAAACUGGCCCUCACUUCAGGAACAUGAUCCUCCGGAUGAAUCAAUCCUUGAACUUAAAUCAAUUUCAAAACACGUAAAUGUUGCACUGCAAAAAAUCGAAUUCGAAAACAAAAUUUUAAACAGAUUUUCUUCAUGGCAUAGAGCGCUCCGUGUAAUGAGCUAUGUAUUUCGUUUUCGUGAAGCAGCUCGCAAAGUUCCAAAUAGAACCGAAUAUCAUACGAUAUCCCUUUCUCAUGAAGAGAUCAAGUCUACAAAAACAAAAAUUAUCCAAUUAACUCAAAAACAGUAUUUUGGAGGUGAAUAUUUUGCCCUCGUUCAAGGAACAAAAGUACACUCAAAAAGUAAAAUUUUAUCACUUAGCCCGUUUCUUGACUCCAACCAGGUAAUACGUUCUCAAGGUAGACUUGCAUGCUCAACUUUAUCAUACAAUGAAAAAUUUCCUAUCAUUGUUCCCUAUAAAUCUUAUUUGUCACAUCUUAUUUUAUCUUAUAUUCAUCAAUUGUCGUUACAUGGUGAAAUCCAAUUGAUGACUCGUUUGGUGCGUUCCGAGUAUUGGAUACCCAAACUAUCAAACCUGAUCAAAAACUUUAUUCGAAAGUGUAAACCUUGUGUUUUAUACAAAAAAUCUGUCCAGGCUCAAUUUAUGGGUGCCUUACCGGCAGAAAGAACAGUUUUAAGCUUACCAUUCACCAACACUGGCAUUGAUUUUGCUGGUCUCUUCACAAUUCAAAAUUUCUACGGAAGAAAAUGUCGUCUAGAAAAGGGCUACGCAUGUCUCUUUGUCUGCUUCGCCACAAAGGGUAUUCACUUGGAAGCAGUCAGCGAUUUAUCCGCUGCUGCAUUCUUGGCCGCUUUUACACGCUUUGUUUCUCGUCGUGGACUGCCGGCAACAGUGUUUUCCGAUAACGGAACAAAUUUUGUAGGGGCAUCUAAGUUGCUCAUUGCAGAUCUGCAGAAAGCUGUUCAAAGUUAUCCUGCUGACUCAGCACCCAAUUUUUCAAAAAUCACUUGGAAAUUUAUUCCUCCUGGCUCCCCACACAUGGGUGGUUUGUGGGAGGCAGGGGUGAAAAGUUUCAAAACUCACUUCAAAAAAAUAGCCGGCAACGCAAAAUAUACCUUCGAAGAAUUUUCAACCCUACUUACUCGAAUCGAGGCAUGCCUCAACUCUAGACCUUUAACUAGAAUGUCUGAUAAUCCUGAAGACCUACUUCCAUUAACUCCAGGGCACUUUUUACGGGGUGGUCCUCUACUUAGUCCCCCUGAGCCUUGUGAAUCUCAAAAGAACAUUUCCUUUAUGCGAAGAUGGAACACUCUCAAAGUUAUUCAUCAUAAAUUUAGUUUGCGUUGGAAGGAAGAGUAUUUAAAAGGGCUCAUGAAUCGCUAUAAAUGGAAAUAUCCUCAAAGGGAUAUCGCAGUGAAUGAUCUAGUCGUUUUGAGAAAUGAGCAGCUUCCACCGAAUGAGUGGCGGCUUGGUAGAGUCUUAAAGGUCUACCGUGGUCCCGAUGAUAGAGUACGCGUUGUUGAUGUUAAAACCCAAAAAGGGGUUGUUACUCGUUCUGUCGUCAAACUGUGUAUUUUGCCUUCGGACUGA